UAAUAGAUUUUAGAUAGAAUGGCAGGGCAUAAAACAAGAUCGGAUACACUCAAACUUAGAAGAUUUAUUGCUCUGCUAAAAGAACGAGGUAGUGAUCUUGCUGAAGAUAUUGAAAGAAAAGCACAAAACUUCCUGACCGAUGUUCAGGUCAAGAUAAACAAAAACGUCAGCGCUCAGACAUUUGAGAGCGAUGAGGAGUUUAGUAGUUUUGAAGAGGAAUCUGUUGAAGAGGUGCCUGCUCUGGAGACCGAGGAGAUAUUUUUUGAACCUCAACCUUCUCCUCCCCCUCCCCCUCCUCCUCUUCCUCUACCCAUCCUUGUGAAAGAACCAACCCCUCCUCCAACUCCUCCACCCCUACUCCCUUGUGAACCCGAACCCGAACCUGAACCUGAACCUGUGAAAAUAGUUCCUGUUCCAAAACCUAAACCUGCCUUACCAAACAGACAACAAAUCCGGGCUCUAACCAAGGAUACUCCAUCCCUCUCCGUAGAUAAGCCUAAACUUACUCCGGACUGUAAACUCUACUGGAUACAGAAGCACCUGGAACAGGAGCAGGAGGAUCAGGAUGCGGAAGAGCAAAGACGACGAGAAGAGGAAGACCUAAGGAGAGAAGAAGACAGGAGAAGAAGAGAAGCCGAAGAAGAAGAGGACAGAAGAAGAAGAGAGGAGGAAGAGGAAAAAAAAAGAAGGGCGGAGAAGGAGAAAAAAAGACGUGAAGAGGAGGAAAAAAGAAGGGAAGAGGAGAAAAAAAGAAGGAAAGAAGAAGAGGAAUUAAGAAAACGAGAGGAGAAAGAAAGACAGAGAAUAGAGGAAAGUGAAAAGAGAACAGAAGAAGAAAGAAAAAGACAACAGCAAGAAGAAGAAAAGUGUAGGAAAGAAGAGGAGGCAAGGAGAAAAGCAGAAGAAGCUGCUAGAAAGAAGAAGGAGCUUAGAGAGAAGAACAUACAGGAAGAAAAGAUGAAAGAAGAAGAGGAGAGAAGAAGAAAGGAGAGAAAGGAGGAGGAAGAAAAAGAUAAAAAAGAAAGCGAGGAAAAGCAGAAAGCUGGUGAAGGAUUCGAGCUUCUAAAAAAAACAGAUGAAGAGCCGAAGAAGCAUUUAAAGGUUACAUCUGAGAGAAGCAGGAAGCCAACUAUGGCCCGAGAGUGGAGGAAACUUAAGGAGAAGAAAAAGAGCAAGGGAGAAAAUGAUUCGGAAAAAAAAUUUGAAAAAAUCGAGAUUGAGAGAACAGUAGUCCUAGCCCCGCCUGUCAAGAAGUAUGUCCCCCCGGUGUAUGCUGAAAACGAAUUAUAUCAUGAUAGAUUAGGAACCUAUAACUCUGGUUGGCCGCAUAACAAUAAGAAGGGUAUACCUACUCCAUCCGAACUAGCAGAGGCAGGAUUCUUCCUAGUAGGGCCAGGGGACUACUGUAAAUGUUUUCAGUGUGGACUAGAACAGAUGAGCUGGGAACCGUUUGAAUCUCCCUGGAUCAGGCAUGGGUUUCUAUCCCCGGAGUGCAGUUACGUUGAACGGAUAAAAGGACAAGAAUGGAUGGAAAAUGUGAAAAGAGGAGAAUUCUGAGGCAAGUUUUGUUUUUAUAGAAUGUGAAAAAGGACUUUAUUAAUUUCGAACCAAUUAUUUAAUCUUUGAAAUAAAUCUAAUUCAAUUUA